AUGACGAACUCGACAAAGCAAGACUUUGAUGUCGUUAUAGUGGGGGCGGGAAUCAGCGGGAUCAACACCGCCUACCGAUUACAGGAGGCGCUCCCUGACUACUCAUACACCGUCCUCGAGACUCGCAAUGAGAUCGGUGGCACAUGGAGUCUCUUCAAGUACCCGGGCAUCCGCUCAGACUCAGAUCUCUUCACAUUCGGCUUUGCCUGGUCGCCCUGGGAGAAAGAGAACCCAAUUGCUGACGCACCUUCAAUCCUGGAGUACAUGAACCGCGUCAGCAAGAAAGCCGGCAUCUACGACAAUAUUCGAUUCCAAAACGCCGUGCAAAAGCUCGAAUGGAAGUCAGACCAGCAGCGCUGGUUCAUCUCCGUUGAGGUCAACGGCGAGAAGCAGCAAACGCUGAGUGCCCGAUUUGUGGUUAUGGGCACAGGCUACUACGACCAGAAGCGUGGCCUAGCCGCUGACAUCCCAGGCAUCGAGAACUUCAAAGGCCAGAUCAUUCACCCUCAGUCCUGGCCCGAGGAGUACGACUACACCGAUAAGAAAGUCAUCAUUAUCGGCUCCGGCGCUACAGCCGUCACAAUCUUACCCGCUAUGAGUGAUCGAGCGAAACAUGUAACUAUGCUUCAGCGCAGUCCCGGAUACUUCAUCUCGCUACCGACUGUCGGACAGCCAGUUGAGAACUUCAUCCGGAGAUGGAUGCCUACGAGCUUGGCACACUCCCUCAUCCGGCUGAAGUUUAUGGUCCAGGGAUGGCUGUUCAUUCGAUGGUGUCGACUGCAGCCAGAGAAGGCCAAGAAGCUGCUGAAGACUGCAACUGAGAAGGAGCUCCCCAAGGACGUACCAUAUGAUCCCAACUUCAAGCCGAAAUACAACCCUUGGAACCAGCGAAUGUGCAUUGUGCCGGGCGGCGAUUUUUUCAAGGCUCUUCGCGACGGCAAAGGCUCAGUCGUCACCGACACAAUCGAUACAGUCACCGAAAGCGGAGUGCGAACAAGCUCCGGCAGAGAACUCGACGCAGAUGUGAUCGUGACCGCAACGGGUCUCAAGCUACAAAUUCUUGCUGGCAUCCCUGUAAUUAUUGACGGCGAGCGCUACCAUCCGGAGGAGAAAUAUGCUUGGAAUGGCCAGAUGCUGCAAGGCGCACCAAACUUGACUUAUGUAUUUGGAUACGCAACAGCCUCCUGGACUCUCGGCGCAGACAACACUGCCACCUCGUGGAUCCGCACCCUCAAGAAGAUGCAGCAAAACAAGUACACGAGUGUUGUGCCAGAAGUCGAGGACGAGUCGAAGCUGGUCGGAAAGGAGACGUCGUUCUUAGAUCUCAAUUCAACAUAUGUCGCGACGGGAGCGAAAGGUGUGAUGCCCAAGGUGACGACUCAGUGGCCGUGGAUGCCAAGGACGAAUGUGAUCAUGGACCGGUUCUAUGCUAACUAUGGGGAUAUGAGUACCGGGUUGCAGUUCAAUCGGGUCGCAGUGGACUAG